CAGAAAACCUCCAUUGCAUUCCGUCUGACUAACGACCGCUUGCUUCUCCAAGUCUGGUCGCGAUUAGUUAUCUCAUUGAUCAUUCAUUGAUAAGUAAAUCCCGGUGCCCAACUUUCUGGUGGAUUCGCUGCCCCUCCGUUUGGCUUCUCCCAUCACUAUUAAUUCAUUCUUCUUCCUCUGCCGCCUUUAAACUUCAAUUUUCUUCCUCUCUGUUCCCCCAUCAACACCGCCAAUCUGUUCUCCUCCGCCUUUCGUCGGUUUCCCUUCUCCUCCCUGCGUGCAUCUCUUGGAUUGACUGCAGCGGCUACUUCCUCGCUCCAUCAAAAAUCCUCACCAGCUACCUCCGCUCUCCCUAACCCCCUUUCGACGCCACUGCGUGUCAAUCCCCCGUCAUCUUCCAGAAUGGUUCACACCAACGUCGUCAUCAUCGGCUCCGGCCCCGCUGCGCACACCGCGGCCAUCUACCUCUCCCGCGCCGAACUCAAGCCCGUCCUCUAUGAGGGUAUGCUGGCCAAUGGCACCGCCGCUGGCGGUCAGCUCACCACUACCACCGACAUCGAGAACUUCCCCGGCUUCCCCGAUGGUAUUGGCGGUGCCGAGCUCAUGGAGAACAUGCGCAAGCAGUCCGUCCGCUUCGGCACCGAAGUAAUCACGGAGACCAUUUCCAAGGUGGACUUCUCGCAGCGGCCCUUCAAGCUCUGGACCGAGUGGAACGACGGCCCCGACAACGAGCCUGCUCACACUGCCGAUGCCGUUAUCAUCGCCACCGGUGCCAACGCCCGCCGUCUCGACCUCCCCGGUGAGGAGAAGUACUGGCAGAACGGUAUCUCCGCCUGCGCUGUCUGCGACGGCGCUGUGCCCAUCUUCCGCAACAAGCCCCUCUUUGUCAUCGGUGGUGGUGACUCCGCCGCCGAGGAGGCCAUGUUCCUCGCCAAGUACGGCAGCAGCGUGACCGUUCUCGUCCGCAAGGACAAGCUCCGCGCUAGCAAGACCAUGGCCCAGCGUCUUCUGUCCCACCCCAAGGUCACCGUCCGCUUCAACACCGUCGCCACCGAGGUUCUCGGUGAGGACAAGCCCAUGGGUCUGAUGACCCACCUCCGCGUCAAGAACGUCGUCUCCGGCGAGGAGGAGGUCGUUGACGCCAACGGUCUCUUCUACGCUGUCGGCCACGACCCCGCCACUGCCCUCGUCAAGGGCCAGAUUAAGCUCGAUGAGGAUGGUUACAUCGUCACCCAGCCCGGUACCAGCUACACCAGCGUCGAGGGUGUCUUUGCCUGCGGUGACGUCCAGGACAAGCGCUACCGCCAGGCUAUUACCAGUGCCGGAUCUGGCUGCAUUGCUGCCCUCGAAGCCGAGAAGUACAUCGCUGAGAAGGAGUCCGCCGACGAGGAGCCCGUCAUCAGCGUCGAGAAGUCCACCGUCCAGCCCACCCAGGAGGUCAACGGCGAGGUUAAGAAGGAGUCUGAGGGUGCUACCGCCGAGUACAAAUCCAACCCCCUUCUCUAAGCGACUAUCAGCCCGCCUUACCUUUCUUCCUUUCCCCUCUGAAACUAAACCGCUUUUUGCUCACCUCACCUGCUCCUUCUCUUUGUCCUUCCAUCGCAUAGAUGAAGUUUCUGUUUCUUUUCUAGACUAGACAUUCACGGUUUUUCUUGUCAUCCUCAUGUCUAGAUGGGACUCUUUUCAUUGUUCGGUCUGAUUCUGUUACGGGUUGUAUCUUAGACUUAGCGUUUUUCUUCUUUUUCUCUAUCAUCAUUUUUCCUCUAUAUGAUUUGAUCCCAUGCUUGUGAUAUACACGUGAUACACAACGCGCGCAGAAAGGGCUGGGUUCUUUCUUGCAUGAAUUGAACUAUGACUGGAGGACUUUCUCUUGACUAUGAAUAUGCACUACAACAACACGAUAGAAUUUAUCCAGAAAUAGAAAGUGAUGAAC